AUGUCCAAACAAGUCUGUCUGCAGAGCUUCCUCAGGACCCUCAGAACCGCCAAGAAGGGUCUCCGCCCCCACAACCUCUCCCCCCUCCUCUGCCAAGAAACCCUAGAACUCAUCUCCGGCUCCCCACCUUCCAUCUCCUCCUUCUCCUCCUCCUCCUCCUUGACCGCUUUCUUAUCCGAGCUCGACCUUCCUUCCCUCCGCCGGCUCCUUUCCGACCACUACAUCCCCUCCUCCACCUGCUUAAACCUCUUCAACUUCCUCCUCCGGAGCCCGCCGCCCUCGCUCUCCUUCCAGCCCGAUCUCCGGUCCCACCUGAUCCUCAUCUGCCGGCUCCUCAAGGCCACCAACUUCUCCGAGGCGGUGAAGCUGAUGAAAUCCGUCUUGGUGGAUCAGAUCCUCGCACACCCUUUUCCCCUGAUCGCCGAUGAACUCUGGAGCUGCCCUGCUAAGCCGAGAACCGUCGCCAAGUUCUUCAACCUGAUGCUCCAAGUUUACUCCGAAAACCGGCUGUUCGGUGAAGCUUUAAUGGCUUUUGAUUACAUGAAGGGUAAUGGGAUUGAGAUCAAUGAGAGGACCUGUACAAUGCAUUUGUUAGCCCUCAAGAGAUGCGGUGAGGUGAGAAUGUCGGUUGAUUUCUUCGACCGGAUGAUCGAGUCGGGCGUUCCAAUCUCGGUGUAUUCGUUGACUGCCGUGGUCGAUGGGCUCUGCAGAAGUGGGGAGAUCAAGAUGGGCAGAGAACUGGUGGAGGAAAUGCUGAGCAGAGGAACUGUCAGACCAAAUGUCGUGACUUUCAAUGUCCUCAUUGCUGCCUGUUCUAAGAGGUGGAAUUUCGAUGAACUAGAGUCGGUGCUGCGGCUGAUGGAGGAGGUGGCGGUCGGAUUCAAUCUCAAGACGUAUAAGUUCUUGAUCGACGGGUUCACAAGCUCCGGGAAGGUCGGGGAUGCCAAGAGGCUGCUCGCCGAGAUGCACGAUAAGGGCCUCAGAGUGGACGCCCAUCUUUACAACCUAAUAAUCAAUGCUUAUAGCAUAUCGGGGGCCGCUGAGAGCACGGUGUCACUGUUCGAUGAAAUGACCAAGAGAGGUGUAGUGAAGAAUCCCGAUACGUACUGGGCGUUGAUAAGUGGCCUCUGCAGGGCUGGAAAGAUGGGCGCAGUCCGGGGAUACAUGAGGGAAAUGCAGAGGAAAGGGUUCGAGUUGGAGAAGGUCAUGCUGGAGACAGUCAUGGAGGGUUUCUGCAGGGUAGGGAUGGUCGAUUCCGAGUUUCGAUGGCAGAGAAAGGGUUCGGUCGUUCUGCCAAGCUCAGUCCUCAAAGGAAGGCGAGGCAAUUGCGGAAAUCGAGUAAGAAAGGUGAGGCGAAAAGAGUCCGCUGUGGGAUGA